GUUCCUGCCUGAAGACCCACUGGGCACCCUUCUGCCUGCUGCCUCCUCCCUCACCACCCCCCCACCGCCAUGCACUCCUUGGACGAGCCGCUCGACCUGAAGCUGAGCAUCACCAAGCUCCGAGCGGCGAGAGAGAAGCGGGAGAGGACACUGGGUGCGGCCCGGCAGCGGGCACUGCACAGGGAGCUGGGGCUGGUAGAUGACAGCCCCACGCCGGGCUCCCCGGGCUCCCCCACCUCAGGCUUCCUGCUGAACCCCAAGUUCCCUGAGAAGGUAGACGGACGCUUUUCUGCAGCCCCUCUGGUGGACCUCAGCUUGUCCCCUCCGUCUGGCCUGGACUCCCCCAAUGGCAGCAGCUCCCUGUCCCCUGAGCGCCAGGGCAAUGGGGACCUGCCUCCUAUGCCCACAGCCCCGGACUUCCAGCCCCUGCGCUACUUGGAUGGCGUCCCCAGCUCCUUUCAGUUCUUUCUGCCCCUGGGCUCUGGGGGAGCCCUGCACCUGCCCACGUCCUCCUUCCUCACCCCCACCAAGGACAAGUGCCUCUCGCCAGAGCUGCCCCUGCCCAAGCAGCUGGUGUGUCGCUGGGCCAAGUGUAACCAGCUCUUUGAGCUCCUGCAAGACCUGGUGGACCACGUCAACGACUACCACGUCAAGCCGGAGAAGGAUGCAGGGUAUUGCUGCCACUGGGAGGGCUGCGCCCGCCACGGCCGGGGCUUCAAUGCCAGGUACAAGAUGCUCAUCCACAUCCGCACGCACACCAACGAGAAGCCGCACCGCUGCCCCACCUGCAACAAGAGCUUCUCCCGCCUGGAGAACCUGAAGAUCCACAACCGGUCCCACACUGGUGAGAAGCCCUAUGUCUGCCCCUACGAAGGCUGCAACAAGCGCUAUUCCAACUCGAGUGACCGCUUCAAGCACACCCGCACCCACUACGUGGACAAACCCUACUACUGCAAGAUGCCUGGCUGCCACAAGCGCUACACAGACCCCAGCUCGCUGCGCAAGCACAUCAAGGCCCACGGCCACUUCGUUUCUCAGGAGCAGCAGGAGCUCCUGCAGCUGCGCCCACCUCCCAAACCACCCCUGCCCACCCCCGACAGCGGUCCCUACGUCAGUGGGGCCCAGAUCAUCAUCCCCAACCCUGCUGCUCUCUUCGGAGGCCCCAGCCUGCCUGGCCUGCCCCUGCCCCUGCCCCCUGGCCCCCUCGACCUCAGUGCCCUGGCCUGUGGCAACGGUGGGGGGGUUGGAGCAGGGGGGAGCAUGGGUCCAGGGCUGCCAGGCCCCGUCCUGCCCCUCAAUCUGGCCAAGAACCCACUGUUACCCUCGCCCUUUGGGGCUGGUGGACUGGGCCUGCCUGUGGUCUCCCUCCUCGCCGGCUCCGCUGGCGGCAAGGCUGAGGGGGAGAAGGGGCGGGGGUCAGUGCCCUCCAGGGCUCUGGGCAUGGAGGGCCGCAAGACUCCCCUUGACAGGACGGAGAGCAGCCGCUCCCGGCCCAACCCUGAUGGACUCCCCCUGCUGCCAGGCACCGUGCUGGACCUGUCCACUGGUGUCAACUCGGCAGCCAGCAGCCCCGAAGCACUAACUCCGGGCUGGGUGGUGAUCCCACCUGGCUCCGUGCUGCUCAAACCAGCCGUGGUGAACUGAGCCGCCUGCCUAGCAGCCCCGCCGGCCGCCGCGGGCGCUGUCCCCCGACGAACAGAAACUCUUCUGCGAAUAGCAAUAAUGUCCUACUGCCACAGGGCCUGGGUGUCCGUGCUCCCAGGGCAGCUACAGCCCCGGAGGGCUGGGCAGCAAGGAUGGUGCUAGAAGGUCAUUGCUGGCUCCAGCUCCUGAGGGAGGGCUUGGCUUGGACCUGCUGUCCAAGGAGAGCUGUGCUCUUAGGUGCUCAGGCCUCACUCCAGGCCCUGCCGUAUAGCUUCUGUCCUCCACCUCAGUCCUUGUCCCCCCACCUUGGUGCCUCCCUCACUUCCUGCCUUGGCUUGUCCAGACCCGUUCCCCCUGGCCCUCCUCCCGAGCCACAGGGAAGAAGCCUGCUCUCUCCACCCACCCCUACGACAAGGUGCCUUCCAGCUCUCUAGGGCAGGAAGGCCCGCUCCGCCAGCUGUCCCCAUCCCGCAUCCAUUGCUGGAAGGGGCACCACGCCUGGGAGCGUGGGACGCAGGCCCAUGGGAUUCCUGUGCUAAGGAAGGGAGGUGUCAGGCAGCCCUGGCAACAUAUCCAAGUGACCCAGGCCCCUGCUGCAGCCAGCCUGGGCUCAGGGAACAGGAGCUGGGGCUGGGGUGAGCUCUGGCCUCAUCCUGCUGGGCCCGGCCUGGGCAGUGCUGUUUUGUAGCAGUUCUCAGAGCGUUGGUCCAGCCCAGGAGUAGGAGGCUGGCUGGGGAUAGCCUAGGCAGGGAGGCAGCUCUUGGCCUGCAGGUACGACGACAUUAGCAUGCAGGGAGGGCCUAGAGGUAGGAGCUUUCUGGGGGCUGUAGCCUGGAAGCCCUGAGCUUGAGAAGAGCAGGCCCGAGGAGGACUUGUGACAGGGUGGCUUCCUUUAGUGGUUCCCGUCUUGGGGCCCCAUGUGGUCUGCACCCCCACUGUGCAAUCCAGGGAUGCUGGGCUCCCACAGAGGACCUCCUACCCCACAGUCCACUCACUGCUUCCUUCCCACCAGCAGCUUCCAGAUGUCUUGUUCCUGGCCUGUGGAGAGGCCAAGUCCUCCCAUUUCCCUACUUGUAGAACAAAAGAGCAGCCAAGUGUGUGUGUGUGAGGUCCUUGGUAGCCCUCUCCUCCUCUAAGCAGCUCUGCUGACCCUACCCUUUCUUGGACUGCCCUUCUGUCCCAGAGGGGUCACCCUGACCCUGACCUGGCCCACCCCGAAGCUAGGCUCAGGACCCAGGCUAGUUACCCCUUGAAGGGGCUGUGAGCAAGAUGGGAGGGAGCUGGUCUCCUUCCUUCCGCCUCACCCAGGACCCAGAAACCCCGCCCCCACCCUGUUAGGGCCCCAGGCCUUAAGUCCCUGGCUGGGGGGGUUUGGGGUUUGAGACUCAAGGCCAGGAGCAGAGGAACAGGGCACUGGACGGUGACAUUAGCUCAGCAUGUGACUUGGUGAUAGACCAGGCUUGGAAGGGCCGGUGUACUUGUUGUUGUCAGUUUGUUCUUGCACAUUCCGGAUGUCAGUAUUUUAACAGGUUCUAAGUGCCUUUCUAUUGUAGCUUGUUUUCCUCCUCUUGGCUCCAUUGCUGUUAGCAUAGAGUUUUAAAAAAAGAGAUAAGCUAAUGACUAUAACAAUAUAUUCCUCCAUGUGAGAGGAAGUUUAUAAAGAAACAAUAAAAGUGAGU